GCAGAGGAGGCGUGGGCCCGGAGAGAGAGAGAGAGAGAAGACGCCGAGAGGAGCUGCCGCAGCACUAAUGACACACCGGCCGCUCACAGUCACAGGGAUGCAGUUUUAGCCCAAAAAAACAAUAAUAACAAUCCACACAGCAACUUUCACGCUUGAUUUGCCGACCCGAAAAAUAACCGGGACAAUUUCCACACCGUAAAACCAAUUGGCGAGGAUUCGUUUAUUCUCAGACAUGGGCUCGCAGCGGUCUCGCGCAGAGUCGCCGGCGCCGGUCGCCCUCCUCGUCCGCGCGCUCCUUUGUGGCAGCGGGCUGCUGCUCGUCGCGUCCCGUGCGUGCGAGGCGUUUAACUUGGACGUGGAGAACCCGGCUGUUUACAGCGGACCUAACGGGAGCUACUUCGGAUAUGCUGUAGACUUUUAUCUGGCCGAUUCUGCCAGCGUGAGCUUGGUGAUCGGAGCUCCGAAGGCCAACACCAAGCAGGUGAACAUCACCGAGGGAGGAUCCGUCUUCUACUGCCCAUGGAGCCUCAGCCAAAGAGAUUGUCACACCAUCGACUUUGAUACGGAAGGGAAUCGCAACGUCUUGCUCAACAACACCGAACAUCAGGGAGACUUUAAGUCGCACCAGUGGUUCGGCGCCACCGUGCGUUCUCACAAUGACACAAUUCUGGCCUGUGCCCCGCUCUACUCCUGGCGGACCCAACAGGACGUCCCCCACUCCGACGCUACAGGGACUUGCUACCUCUCAGUCAAGAAUUUCACCAGAUUUGUGGAGUACGCUCCCUGCCGCACAGAGAUCAGCGCUGCGGUGGGACAAGGCUACUGUCAGGGAGGAUUCAGUGCCGACUUCACAACGGAUGGCCGAGUUGUAUUAGGAGGGCCAGGCAGCUACUUCUGGCAAGGUCAGGUGAUAACCGCAGCCAAAGAGGACAUCAUCAAGGCUUACUAUCCAGGCUUCUUCAUGCAGUCCGUGGAGAGACAGAUCCAAACCAGACAGGUGAUGUCUGAGCACGAUGACAGUUACCAAGGGUACUCAAUUGCUGUCGGGGAAUUCAGUGGCGAUGAGGUGGAAGAUUUUGUGGCUGGCGUUCCAAAAGGUCUCAGGCUUUAUGGCUUGGUGACUAUUCUGAAUGCUACAGAUCUGAAGACCAUGAUUAACUACACUGGUGAGCAGAUGGGAUCAUAUUUUGGGUAUGCAGUGGCAACGACUGACAUCAAUAGUGAUGGGAUGGCUGACCUGCUGGUGGGAGCUCCCAUGUUCAUGGUCCGAGGCUCCGAUGGGCGUCUGGAGGAGAUGGGCCGGGUCUAUCUUUACCUGCAGCGGGGCCCCGUGAGCCUGGAGCUCCGCCUGCCUAACCUGACUGGCACCCAGGCGUACGGGAGAUUUGGCAGCACCAUUGCGCCCUUGGGAGAUCUGAACCAGGAUGGUUUCAAUGAUGUGGCUAUAAGCUGUCCUUUUGGAGGGGAGGAUCGGCAGGGACUGGUCUACAUCUUCAACGGGUACUCCGAAGGACUCAGGGAAAAGCCAUCUCAGGUGAUAACUGGCCAGUGGGCUGCUGGUGCGAUUCCUGCCAGCUUUGGAUUUGCCCUCAGAGGGGCCAAGGACCUGGACAUGAAUGGAUACCCAGAUCUAAUUGUUGGUGCCUUUGGAGUGAAUAAGGCAGUUCUUUAUAGAUCCCGGCCAAUAGUUAACACCAGUGCCAUUCUGACUGUUAACCCCACAAGGAUCAACCCUGAAGAGAAGAACUGCAUGGUCACCAGUGGAAACACCAGCAUUCCUGUUUCCUGUGUUAAUCUGAGUUUCUGCAUAACUGCUGAAGGGAAGCACCUACCAGAAAUCAUAGAUUUCCAGGUGGAGGUGCAGCUAGAUAGCAAUAAGCACAAGCAGAAAGGUGCCGUGAGGAGGGCCCUGUUCUUGGAUUCCCAGCAGCCUUUGCUCGAGAGGAGUGUGAGCUUGCGCCAUGGCAUGCGUGAAUGCCAACAAACCAAGAUAUACCUAAGAGGUGAGAAAGAAUUCAGGGAUAAACUCUCGUCCAUCUACGUGUCCUUGAACUUCAGCUUGGAUCCAAAAGCUGCUGCCGACUCCCACGGCCUGCGGCCCAUCCUCAACUAUCAGACCACCAACGUAAUCGAGCAGAAGGCUCAGAUCCUGUUGGACUGUGGAGAGGACAACAUCUGUGUUCCUGACUUGAAGCUGACCGUUCACGGGAACAGGAAGGAAGUCUACCUAGGUGACGACAACUCGCUGACGCUGACUUUCAACGCCAAGAAUGAGGGCGAGGGAGGGGCGUACGAGGCGGAGCUCUAUGUCGUGCUGCCCCCUGAAGCCGACUACAGCGGCAUCGCUCGCAACAACGAAAGCCUGUCCCAGCUUACCUGCAGAUAUGACACGGAGAACCAAACCCAAUACCUCAGCUGUGAUUUGGGCAACCCGAUGAAGUCUGGCACCAGUCUGUGGGCUGGUCUGCGCUUCACGGUGCCACGGCUGAAGGACGCGCACAAAACUGUUCAGUUUGAGCUGCAGAUUCGCAGUAAAAAUGAAAAUAAUUCCCUCAGUGAGGUCGUGCCUUACAAGCUGGAGGUGGUUGUUCAGGCUGAAGUCAUUCUACAAGGUGUGUCUCGACCAGAUAAGGUCUUCUUCCCGCCGGCCAACUGGAAGGUUACCAAGACCUACGAGGCGGAGCGGGACGUUGGGCCUGCAGUGGAACACAUCUAUGAGCUGGUGAACAACGGGCCGAGCCGGAUCAGCAACACCUUACUCGAGCUGCACUGCCCCCUCAGAGUUCAGGGUCAGACUCUGCUUUACCCUCUUGAGUUCUCCGUGGAGGGCCCCAUCAACUGCACCUCCGACAAAAACAUGAACCACCUCCGCCUCAAACUCCAGCACACAUCCACAGAACCACCCAUCCUAGCGCUGCAGGCACAUGAGCACCGCGUCGAGAGGAGGGACGUCCACAGAAACCCGCUCGCCCACAUGACUAAUCUGUCCUGCUCCAACAUGGAGUGCUGGUCACUCCAGUGCACCGUGGGUUUGUUGGAGAAGGGCAAUACCGCUAUCCUCAAAGUGCGUUCUCGCAUCUGGGCCGAGACCUUCACCGAGAGAUCUUACAAGCAGUAUGUGCUGGAGUGCCUGGCCAGGUACAGUGUGGAGAAGAUGCCUUACGCCAUCCUACCCAAACAGGCUCCCAGUGGACACAAAAAGGUGGUGACCUCAGUGGUGUGGAAUAAGCCAGAUUUAGAGAACUCUGUUCCUUUGUGGAUCAUCAUCUUGGCCAUUCUGGCUGGCUUGCUGCUUCUCGCUCUGCUCAUCUACGUGCUCUACAAGUUGGGCUUCUUCAAGAGAUCUCUACCGUACGGAACCGCCAUGGAGAAAGCGGAACUCAAACCACAGGCUGCCUCUGAGGCUUAAAACGGCAAACCAUUGCUCCCAGAGCCACAGCACCUGGCCAUAUGAUUGCAAUGGAGACACACAAUGGAACAUGUAGACUCAACCGCACAGCAGUUGAGGAGAAAAGUUAAAGAGAGACCACUGGAACUCCACCGUGCUGCACUAGAGGAAGACAAACAUCCAAAGUUCUCCAAGCCAAAUGAAUGUUUGCUUUUUUUUUUUUUUGCUUUUUUUUUUUUUUUUUUAAACGUGUCUUGUUUGUUGUAAGGUUGGGAAAUAUUUACUAAAUUUGUGCUUUUUCUCAAUGCCUGAAGGCUGACGUCAAACUGAAAAGUGAGAAACGGACUGUGCAAAGUAUGUGCAGGCCUGCGGAUGCAGUGAGAUGCCUGUUGGGUUUCCUCGCACAGAUUCUUGUGGCGGAGAGUUCCUUAAUACCCCUUCGACUGCCCUGUUCUGGUGCUAAUGAUCCCACAGGACAUGGCAGCCAGGAGCUGGGAAUUACGCUGCCUGCAGAGGCCUGAAAGAAUGCGUCUGUUGUCUCGUAGUUGACAGAUUAGUGAACAAGUUUGAGAACCCGGCUGUAGAAACCUCAAUAUGACCGGCCUGGAUGUCAAGAAUCCAUCCAUUUAACAGCUGUGCUUUUAAAACAACAUUUAAAGGUUUACAUGAGGCCCUGACCUGCUCGAGGUGUUCCCCUGGGUCUUGCUUAAUGCAUGCUGGUAUAUGUGCUCCAGCGCCUCACAGCCCCGAGCCGGAGAAGCGGGCAUAACGUAUCUGCCUCUGCCUCAGGUUGGUGGACAGCGCCGGGUUGAGUUGUUCUUGCACUCGAAGGAAAUCUACUGAUCUAGUUUCACCCCAAGACUGACUGACUGCCCUUCCUUCUGGGUCCUGACUUGGACGCCUGCUGAUCACUUUGUUUCACUCGCGUUUGUGCGCGUUCGGAGCCGCCGUCGUUGUGUAGUCGAUUCAGGACUGGAACAGAGCUGCGAAACGUCACAUCGGACUUGAACCAGCGUGGUGCUUCUGUCAAACAACACACAGUGGCUCCUCGAGGAUGUCUCAACUCCUGCUCAUCUUGAAUCAAAAACCACACGCGAGCAAAUGAAGCUCAGGGGGAAACCACGGAGCUGACGGCCAGUGGCUUUAUGGUGUCUUGAACCAAAGAUAUGACAAUCAAAAAUGUUGCAGGUUUUUGCCGAGUCGGAGAGCGGGUGGGAUCAUCACUCUGUUUAGCGGGAGGGCUGAGCGAUCCAGGAAAAAACAAAAAUCAAUUAUCAAGAUAUAUUCAGUUUUGUAGGGUUGACUAUUGAGACUUUUAAAAGUUUCGGAUAAAUAGUCAUCUGUUCUGUGGAUAUAAUGAAUAUAGUAGAACAAGUGGGUAAAGAAAUCACUCAAACUGUCUGAGCUCAUAAGACGUUAUUGUAAUGCAGCCUUUAAAACUAGGAAAAGUCAACAUUACAAUAUCUAAAAUCUAAGAUGAUUGUAAGUAUUACUAUGUCAAUGUAAUAUGAAUAUACUGCCCAGCCCUGUUGGAGUGGGAAGGAUCCGAUUCUCACCUCACAGCAUGCAAUACAGUUUUAAACUGUAUUUGUGAUUGCUGCUUAGAAUAAAAGCUGCCAAUGUUGAGGAAGAGAAUUGGUGAAAGUCGUCCACUAUCAAAAGGCUACAGGGACCGAAGAUUCAAAUGCUUUGUGUUGUUAGGUUUUAUGUGCCUUUUUUAUAUGUACAUACUUCAUGUCUGUGGGUAAGCGUUAAGGAUGCGUGUGUGGCUUCAUGCACACAUGCAUUUGUGUGAAUGGUAUUUUUAUGAAUGUUUGUUUUGUGUGUGAAUUGGUUAGUACCUUUCCCAUUGCCUAGUCCUGCUCUGGAGAUUGAGGCUAAUCGAGUCUACAUGUGAUGGCAUAGCCCAACGCUUGCAUCAGCAAAUCUCUCAGUAAACAUGCGGUAGUCAAAAAUGUGGAAUGUACAUAGUGAAAUUGAUUAGAAACAUGCUCAAAACCUGCUCUAUUUAUUGUUAAAAAUGCUCGGCGGACCAUUUGCUAACCUCCCAACCUGCAGGAUGCCUCCUGACUUCAAGAAGGAGAGCAGCUAGGCACUGGGAACUAAAUGUUGUUUGGAAGUGCAAUAUUUAUAUCCACCAUUUCUUUUUUCUUUUAAGGUAUUACAGUGCUUUCAUUUUUUUUGUCUGAGUUGUAAUGAACCAGGACCUUUUUGGUAAAUGAUUCGUACGGUUCCGGUUUGUCAGUUUCACUUGCUUUCUCACUAAACCCAACUCUGAUGUAAGCGCCACUUCUUCACUGGACCACUUUUCUGAUGGUACUGGCUUAUUUUUUUAUGUUUACAAAUUGACAAAAAAAUGCAGCAGAGAGAACAUAUAGUUUUGUAAUGUAUGUGCUCUACUGUUGCACCUGACCAAACACAGACGUUGUAUUAACCUUAAGUUUUACGCGUGUCUGCCUCAUCGUCACUCUUUUCAUAAACUUCUUUUUAUUAGCUAGCGAUUUAUCAAAUGAUCCCUCAAAUCCCUAAUGUGGCAGUUGAUUUAAAAGAUCAACCCAUGUGUGUUCUCAACCCAAAAUAUAAACCCAUUAUUUAUAAUGACGGGAUCAUUGUACCACUUCCAUGGUGACAUCAGGGGAAGGAACUGCGUUUUUCUUGUUUCGGCCCAUUUUCACUCUCCAGGACUUCCAACAAGAUGUUGUACAUAUUUAUGUCAAGGGGAGUAUUUUUUUUAAAUCAAAUGUUAACUGAUUUGUUGUGAAUUUCUUUCACCCCAUAUUGGGGAGAACAUUUGUCAGGAGAAAGGAUGGGGGACUGGG